AUGUCAAUUGCAUUAAAUGAAAUUAUACGAAGAUUAUCGUUGCAUGGAUUUUCAUUAGAAACUCAAGCUGCUGCAACGCUACUAAGUUGUUAUGAAAAAGUACAAAAUGUUACAUCAAUUAGUGAGUUUUUAGAUCCAUUUAUUGAUGAAUUAUAUAAAACAUUACCAUCUCUAAGUAUUGUCACAGCAAAAGAUGUUAGUAAAUUCUUUAAUUAA